GAUAGCGAUGGAGACGCCUGGCCCUGCGGUCCGGGCCGUGCUGGUGCCCGCGGCGUCCGGGACCCGGAGGAAGCGCGCCGCCGGAGAGGCCGGUGCUCCGACGAGCAGGCAGCGGGUCCUGGACGAGGAGGAGUACAUCGAGGGCCUCCAGACGGUUAUCCAGAGGGACUUCUUUCCUGAUGUGGAGAAGCUGCAGGCACAGAAGGAGUACCUGGAGGCCGAGGAGAAUGGAGACCUGGAACGGAUGCGGCAGAUCGCCAUCAAGUUUGGCUCUGCCCUGGGCAAGAUGUCCCGAGAGCCCCCUCCGCCCUAUGUGACUCCAGCCACAUUUGAAACCCCUGAGGUGCACACAGGCACCGGGGUGGUGGGCAGUAAGGCCCCAGGUCGGGGCCACAGCCUGGAGGACGGUGAUGAACCCAGCCUCCUGCCAGUCACAGCGCGUCCUGUGUGUCCUCAGAGCGUGGUUCUCCAUUGCGAUGUGGCUCGAGAAUCACAGACUGUUGGCAGAUUCCUUUCCUUUGAAUCCCCCUUAUUUUUCAGAGAGGCCACAGAGGAGGAGGAAAGGGAACCCCUUCCCAGCCUGGACGUCUUCCUGAGCCGGUACACAAGUGAGGACAACGCCUCCUUCCAGGAGAUCAUGGAGGUGGCCAAGGAGAAGAGCCGGGCGCGCCACGCAUGGCUCUACCAGGCCGAGGAGGAGUUUGAGAAGAGGCAGAAGGAUAAUCUCGCGCUCCCGUCGGCAGAGUGCCAAGCCGUGGAGAGUGGCCAGGCUGGUGUGGACACCUGGAAGUACAAAGCCAAGAACUCCCUCAUGUACUACCCAGAGGGCGUCCCUGAUGAAGAGCAGCUCUUUAAGAAGCCACGGCAGGUGGUGCAUAAGAACACCCGCUUCCUCAGGGACCCCUUUAGCCAGGCCCUCAGCAGGUCCCAGCUGCAGCAGGCCGCUGCCCUCAACGCCCAGCACAAACAGGGCAAGGUGGGCCCGGAUGGCAAGGAGCUUAUCCCCCAGGAGUCCCCUCGCGUGGGCGGAUUUGGAUUCAUUGCCACGCCUUCUCCUGCCCCUGGUGUGAACGAGUCCCCACUGAUGACCUGGGGGGAGGUCGAGAACACGCCCUUGAGAGUUGAAGGAUCUGAAACGCCCUACGUGGACAGGACGCCAGGGCCAGCCUUCAAGAUCCUGGAGCCGGGCCGCAGGGAGCGUCUGGGGCUGAAGAUGGCCAACGAGGCUGCCGCCAAGAACCGGGCCAAGAAGCAGGAGGCCUUGCGGAGGGCGACAGAGAACCUAGCCAGCCUCACCCCCAAAGGCCUGAGCCCAGCCAUGUCCCCAGCCCUGCAGCGCCUCGUGAGCAGGACGGCCAGCAAGUACACAGACCGGGCCCUGCGUGCCAGCUACACACCGUCCCCAGCACGCUCUACCCACCUCAAGACCCCAGCCGGCGGGCCCCAGACCCCGACGAGCACACCGGCUCCUGGCUCUGCCACACACACCCCCCUCAGCCAGGAUCCGGCCUGCAUCACGGACAACUUGCUGCAGCUCCCCGCCCGGCGCAAAGCCUCGGACUUCUUCUAGUCCGUCCUGGGCUGGGCCCGUGGGAGCUUCAUGGAGCCCUCAGGGCAGCUCUCUGCCCAGGAGAGGACUAUGGCUUUCUGGGGACCCAGGCCUGAGCCCGAAGCAGCGAACAUCCCAGGAGACACGUGCUGGGCUGGCACAGGACAUGCCCUGUGGCCUUGGGGAGCAUCCCAGGGCCUUGCUGACAUGCUUUUCUAUCAAACCCCAACCUGUUCCUAUUUAAUCCUCAUUAAAGAAUACCUACAGCUCAGCGGGGCUGCCUCUCCGCCCUGUGGCCUGUGCACCCUGGGGUCACCCUCAUGCCUGCAUUGCACCUGCAUCCUGCACUCAGGACUGCGGCCCUCCCGGGAGGAGGCUGCUGGUGGUGACCCUCGGAGGGUUAGGGUGUCCAGCCUUUCUUGCUGCUGCCUGCGUUGCUUCCGGUGGUGCCCUCAGGGCUGGGGACCUGCCUCUGAGCUGAGCUCACAGCCCUUUGGUCCGCCCUUGGGGAGGGCAGAGCCCUUGGCAGUUGUGCCCCAGGUUUUCCUGCAUGAAGAGCUGGUCCCUGGUCCUCCUGCCGCCAGGUUCACCCGGGCUCUGGGCCCAGGUCCACAGCCUCCCUGGCCAGGCCUGACCUGCGUGGUUUGCUGGUGAUGCAGCUGCACGGGUCCUGCAUGUGAGGCUGCUCCCGUGGGAGGCGCCUUCCCAGUGGCCUCAGCCAUCACCUCCCAAGCACCUGGCUUCCAGCUCAGGUGGGCAGGGCCGUCCCCAUGUCCCCUCCCUCCCUUGCUCGGGGCUUCAGGCCCUGCCUGCCACGUGCUGCUGGGUUGCCGGCCUCACCCCGUUGUCACCCCACCAGUGAGACGCCCAUGUAACAGCAACCUGGGCCACAGUGUCACAAGCAGUGGGACUGGGCUCCACUUGGACCCGAGAGCGCUGUGGGCACCAUGGGCGGGCACCUGCCUCCGGGCCUGAGGGUGUUGGUGCCUGACCCCGGAAGUUUUGGGGCCAGCUCCUCACAGGGAGGUGGGCUGGCUCCCAGACAGGCUCUUUAGGCCUCAGGUGGGGUCGGGUUGUGCUCAGAGAGGCAGCCUGGGGUCUGCUCAGAUGGGAACCCCUCGCGCUUUGAGCACGCGCACCCUGCAGUGGGCCAUCCUCAUGCUCCCUGGAGGCUGCCUGGGCACCAGCUGGCCUGCGCUCCUCCUCAGGGAAGUCCUGCAAGUUCCUGGGAGCCAAGUCCUGGCUGUGCCCUGUGCCCCACCAAGGGGGCGGUGCUGGGACUGUCCAGGGUCAGGAAAGGGCCGCUUUGGGUGCUUUAUUCUCCAUAGAGAAGGGUGGGUUUGGCCCUGAGGGAGCCCCCAGCAAGUAGGGGGUGGAGGUCUGGGUGGGUGUGAAGGAGAUGUGGGGCACUGUCCAGGCAAGGCCACAGAAGACCAGGU